GCCGAUCGGUGUCUUUGGAUUCGCCUGCAGCCUCACCCUGGAGCAGAGGAAAAGCCCCUUGGGUGGAGGCAGGCACUUCAGAGAAAGCAAGAAGAAAAGGCUCCCCACGCGCUCGGCCGCACUCUUGCGCCGGGGACCCAGCCUGCGCCCCUGCGCCGCGCCGAGCCCUCCCCCUCCCGGUGCGCGGCGGCGACCCGCGUGUCCCGUCCUCUCUCCAUGGCGGCGCCCAGACCCGCGCGCUCCUGGAGCGGAGGCCUCUGCCGGCAGCUCCUGCUGACCCUCUCGAUCUUAACAUUUGCCUGUGAUGCCUGCAAACCAGUGAUACUGUAUGUUCCUUCCAAACUGGAUGCUGAGAAAUUCAUUGGUAGAGUUAACCUGGAGGAGUGCUUUAAAUCUGCAACUCUAAUUCAUUCAAGUGACCCCGAUUUCCAGGUUUUAGAAGAUGGAUCAGUCUAUACAACAAAUGCUGUUCUUUUGGCCUCCGAGAAGAGAGAGUUUAUCAUAUCACUUUUUGACACAGAAAGCCAAGAAGAGAAGACAAUCUCUGUCUUUUUAGAGGAUCAAACAAAGGUACAAAAGGAAAAGCAUUCUACAGAAAAACUUCUAAGACGUUCCAAAAGAAGAUGGGCUCCUAUUCCCUGUUCAAUGCUAGAGAAUUCUUUGGGUCCGUUCCCACUUUUCCUUCAACAGAUCCAAUCUGACACAGCCCAAAACUACACUAUAUACUAUUCCAUCAGUGGACCUGGAGUGGACCAAGAACCUCGAAAUUUAUUUUAUGUGGAGAGAGAUACUGGGAACCUGUAUUGUACAGGUCCAGUAGAUCGUGAGCAGUAUGAGUCUUUUCAGCUGGUUGCCUUUGCAACAACUUCAGAUGGGUACACACCAGAACUUCCAUUGCCACUAAUAAUCAAAAUAGAGGAUGAAAAUGAUAACUACCCGAUUUUUACUGAAACAACAUACAUUUUUACAGUUCUUGAAAAUGGCAGAGUUGGCACUACAGUGGGACAGGUUUGUGCAACGGACAAGGAUGAGCCCGAUACCAUGCACACGCGCCUGAGGUACUCAAUCCUUGAGCAGCUACCAUCGCGACCCACUCUCUUUACUAUGCAUCCAGGCACGGGUGUGAUCACCACAACAUCAUCUCAGCUGGACAGAGAGGUAAUUGAUAAAUACCAGUUGAAAGUAAAAGUACAAGACAUGGAUGGUCAACAUUUUGGUUUGCAGACAACUGCAACUUGUAUCAUAAAUAUUGGGGAUGUGAAUGACAACUUGCCAACAUUUACCCACUCUUCUUAUGUGACAUCAGUGGAAGAAAAUACAGCUGAUGUGGAAAUCUUACGUGUUACUGUUGAGGAUAAAGAUUUAGCUAAUACUGCUAAUUGGAGAGCUAAUUACACCAUUUUAAAGGGCAAUGAAAACGGAAAUUUUAAAAUUGUAACAGAUCCCAAAACCAAUGAAGGAAUUCUGUGUAUAGUCAAGCCACUAGAUUAUGAAGAAAGACAACAGAUGACCCUGGAAAUUGGUGUAACUAAUGAAGCUCCAUAUACCAGAGAGGCUACUUCCAAAUCAGCCAUUAGCACAGCGACAGUCACAGUUACUGUCAAAAAUCAGGACGAGGGCCCUGAGUGCCAACCUUCGGCACAAACUGUUCGGAUUAAAGAAAGUGAGCCAGUGGGGACCCGGAGCAAUGGCUACAAAGCGUAUGACCCAGAAACAGGAAGUAACAGUGGCAUAAGGUACAGAAAGUUAAGUGAUCCGAAAGGGUGGGUCACCCUUGAUGAAGAUUCAGGAUCAAUCACAAUUUUCCGAAAUUUGGAUAGAGAGGCAGAGUCCAUCAACAAUGGUGUAUAUAAUAUUACAGUCCUUGCAUCAGAUAAAGAUGGAAGAAGUUGUACUGGAACCCUGGGAAUUGUAAUGGAGGACGUGAAUGAUAACGGCCCAUUCAUACCUAAGACUACAGUGACCAUCUGUAAACCCACCAUGUUCUCCACGGAGAUUGUCGCUGUUGAUCCUGAUGAACCCAUAAAUGGCCCACCAUUUGCCUUUAGUUUGGAAAGUUCUGAUUCAGAAGUACGGAGAAUGUGGAGACUGAAAAAAAUUAAUGACACAGCAACAUGGCUUUCUUAUCAGAAUGACCCUCCGUUUGGAUCAUAUGUUGUGCCCAUCCGAGUUACAGACAGACUCGGCCUGUCUACCAUCAACUCAUUGACUGUUAGGCUGUGUGAUUGUGUUACCGAGGCAGAGUGUGAUAUUCGCUCAAUUGAGAGAGCUGGCGAAGUAAGACUUGGAACAUGGGCCAUCCUCGCAAUAUUGUUGGGCAUAGCGCUGCUAUUUUGUAUCCUGUUUACAUUGGUGUGUGCGGCUUCUAGGGCAACCAGAGAGGUAAAAACACUUCCUGAUGAUUUAGCCCAACAGAACCUGAUUGUAUCUAACACUGAAGCUCCCGGAGAUGACAAAGUGUAUUCCACAAAUGCCUUCACGACCCAUACCGUGGGCACUUCUGGUCAGGGCGUCUGUGGCACCUUGGGAUCUGGGGUCAGAAACGGUGGGCAAGAGACCAUAGAACUGGUGAAAGGAGGACAGCAGACCUUGGACUCCUGGCGGGGUGCUGGGUACCACCACACCCUGGACCCCUGCAGGGGAGGACACGUGGAGAUGGACAACUGUCGCUACACCUACUCCGAGUGGCACAAUUUCACCCAGCCCCGACUCGGUGAAAAGGUGCAUCUGUGUGAUCAGGAUGACAACCACAAGCACGCUGAAGACUACGUCCUUUUGUAUAACUAUGAGGGCAAAGGAUCAGUGGCUGGUUCCGUGGGGUGUUGUAGUGAUCGACAGGAAGAAGAUGGGCUUGAGUUUUUGGAUCAUUUGGAGCCCAAAUUUAGGACCCUAGCUGAAGCAUGCAUGAAGAGAUGAACAUGUUCUAAUAAGUAAACAAAAGCCAGGGGCUUUAUCAGCUUUUUUUUUUCCUCCUUUUAAUUACAAACAAAUAUUUUUUUAAAAAUAGAAGAUAUUGUAUUUUGAGCUUUCCCCCUUUAUUUUGUGGAAUCUCCUUGGCCAAAGACACAUUUCCAGGGGGACUGAAUUUUUUGAAUUUUAUAUACGUUUUAAUUGCUUGUUUACCCAAGUAGAUCCACAGAUGAAAAAUUUAAGGAAAUUUGUGUUAUUGUUUACAUUUGGACAUAAUGACAGCAGCCAACUUACAGUGCAAUAAAAUUUAAUUAAUUCAAGUCUAUUUAUAGACUACUUGAAGUACAACCUAAUCAAAGAUUGUAGAGAAUAUUAUCUCCAGUUAACUAGUUAAUUGUUCAUAUGGUGCUUGGAAACUGGUUUUCCUAAACAUUCUAAAGUGUAUAUAUUGCAUGUUUGCUGUUUUAUUCUUGUAACAUGACCUUUUCAUAAAGCAAAGGGAGAUUUCUAACCAGGCAUUGACUGUUAUUACAAUUUCAUUUUGGUGGAAUUUACUUUUAGGUUCUAUUCUAUGUAGAAUCCAGCACCGAAUGUACAUUUUUCUCUGUUACCUACUUUGUUAGCAAAAUUUAAAUUUCAGAAAUGCUUUCAGGAUGCAUUUUCACUCUUGCAAAUUGUUGGUCUUUCCAAUGACAAAUGGUCUGUCUGUCUCUUUCACUCUCUCGCUCUUUCUCUGUCUCUCUCUCACGUAGACACACACACACACACGCACACACACAAUUUCUUUCUCUCCUAUGUGUCUUUAAAAUCUAUUUGGGUUGGUGAAUCCAAAUACUUUAAAAAAUUGUCUCUCAUUUCUUCUCUUAAAAAGUGAAUUAUUCCUUGUUUAAUGUAAGCCUAUGUAUUCUUGGUAUUUCUUCCUAAAAUCAAUGUAAUGUUAACUUGAUUGUUUUGAAUAUCUUGGUGGUUGCUUCAUUACCUUCUCAAUCUUUAAUUUUUCCAUUACAACUGUAGAACUGUGUCAUGAUUUUAUUAGGGGCAACAUUCUAUGUUAACAAAAGGAAUGAUGUAAUUAGACUUAGGCGGUGAUAUUUAGUGUAUAACAACAGAUUUUUAGUUCAUAUCUUUAGUUUAUAAAUGCAAAAUAGUGAUGGUUUUUUGAAAUAAGCCUUGAAAUACAGGGAUCUUAAAUGCUAUCUAGGAUAACAUUUUUAUAACUUUUAAGAUGAAAUUAUGAGUGACAUCUAUAUGUGUGUAAAGUUACUGUUUAAUAUUUUGUGAUUACAGUUUUUAGAAACAGUAUGGGCCAAAUGUUUAAAUCUUAAAACAAGAAGACAAAAUUAAACUUAUUAGCCAACCAAAUCCAGGCCAGGUUUCAAACCUAUUUCAGUCAAUGAAUUCUCUAUGUCUGCUAACUAUAUGGAUAGUCUAAAUGAAUUUUUAAUAUUUAUGAUUGUUAAUGAUGUAGCUUCACAAAUUCACAAGGUUGGCUUAUAACAGUUACUAUUCAGAAGUACCAUUAGGUAAUUAGUGAUAACCAGCUAUCUUUUCAAUAGUUUCAUUCCUUCUCAGUCAAAAAUAAAGUCUCCCUGAAUUAUUUUAAAUAAAUUGUGUACAAAAUUCUUGUGUAUUGCUAGUUAUGUUACAGUAAAUUAAGCAGUUUUAAAAAAUUAGUGUACAUUUUAAAAUCUUGGAACUGAUAUGAGUUUAAGGGAUUGUGCUUUUCUGAUAUAGAGAAAUGGGCCUCUUUUCCAGACUCCUCUUACACAUUUUUUAACAUUUAAAGUCUGACUGGGAAAGAUCUUUGGUUCACUGUUAUCUCAUUUGUAUAUAUUAGUGUUCUAAAGAUUGAUGUUGUGGAUAUUGAUUAAUUUGCAUAAUUCCUCUGUGUAUGUUUAUCAUCUUAAAAUAGGGAAUACUACUAGAACUCCUUUUCUAGGGUGGCUGUAAGACAUUUUAGUAAAAAAAUGGUGUUUGAACCUGAAAAUUAUACACAGUGGUCCACCUAACGGAUACUUCUAAUAAUAGUAAGUAAGUUUAAAUAAGUCACACAUACAACCCAUUUUAAGUAAACAAAAAAUCAACUAAGAAAAUAUGAUAGCAGAUUUUUUAAGCUUUGUAUUUGUUAAUCAAAAUAUAUCUCUUCAUAACAAUCA